AUAGUUUAUUACAAAGUUGCUCUGUAGUGGGUUGAGCCAAAGCAAUACUUACCCACCUUCUUCGGAUGUAUACGCAUUAGGAAUAAAGCCAUAUUGGUACAAUAUUGGGGUAAAGUUCUAAUAAAAAUCCUAUAUAAUCAGUAUGGCCGUACCCUUCCUGAAUUUCAAGUUUCAAGUUUCAACUCUCACCUUAGACUUUGAUAACUUCAUAUUUUUACCAUGGCAGCCCAUUGCAAUAUUCCGUUCUCAGUAGGAAGGAAAUGUACUGUGCUUGUAAAACCAUCAACACGCACACCUACAGAAGUUCUUUCUUUAUCCACCCUCGACAACAAUCCCAACCUUGAGCGUAUUGGUCAGAUUAUUUUCUCGUAUCAAGCAAACAAUGAUCUUAAACAAAAAUUAGUCAGCAACCAGAUCCAGCUUUGCAUAAUUGAGGAAGCUCUCUCCAAGCUCUUGGUUCAUUACUAUCCACUAGCACGAAAGCUGAAGAGGCAAAGUGAUGGAAAGCUUCAAAUCAACUGCAAAGCUGAUGGGGUGCCUUUCUCAGUGGCAACUGCGGAUUGCAAGGUUUCUUCUCUGAAUUACUUGGACUGCAUAGAUGUUGCAAUUGCUAGACAAUUUGUCUUGGAUCUUCCACCUGAUUUGGACAAUGGGUGUCACCAGGUAAUGUUUUAGGUGACCAAGUUUGCUUGUGGAGGUUUCACGGCUGCAAUGGGCAUGGCACACACAGUUUUGGAUGGAUUUGGUGCAGCUCAUUUCUUUCGAGCGCUAACUGAGCUUGCCAGGAAAUGGUGUGAGCCCUCAGCGAAACCUAUCUGGCAGAGGGAGAGACUGGUGCCAAAACCAGCCUUGGAAACUUCUGAAUUCUUGCUGGAUAAGAAUUCUUUAGCAACUUCACCAUAUUUGCCUACUAAGGACAUUGUCCAAGAAUACUUUUAUGUAACUGCUAAGAGUAUUAAAAGACUUAAAACGAGUUUGAUGGAAGAAAGUAAGGAUCAAGAUGAACACCUGACGGAAAGUUUUACCACUGUUGAGGUGCUUGGUGCCUAUGUAUGGAGAUCGAGGUUUAGAGCUUUAAAAUCGGAUCCCAAUGGAAAAACCUUGAUUCGUUUAGCUGUAGGAAUAAGGCACCUCUUGAAUCCACCAUUGCCUGAUGGAUAUUAUGGGAAUGCUUUUAUCACUAUAAAUGUUGUAUUGACUGGAGGGGACCUUGACGAAGAGGAAGGACCACCCUCCAAGGUUGUGAAACUAAUCAAAGAGAGCAAGCAACUUGCUUCUACCGAGGACUACAUCAGGGCGGCCAUGAGCCGGACGGAGAAACGCCGACUACUAAGUAACAAGCCUGAUGUAGCCACCGGAGCAUUGAUGGUGCUAACGGAUCGGAGACAGUUAGGCGUACGAGGUGAAGUGGACUUCGGAUGGAAAGGUUUUGUGAACAUGACAUCGCUGCCAUGGAAAAUAUAUGGGGACGUGGACUUGUGUAUUCUAAUGUCUCCUUGCAAGCUAGACCAUUUCAUGAAAGGUGGGGUUAAAGUGCUUGUUUCCCUUCCUAGAGCUUCCAUGGCCAAGUUCAAGGAAGAGAUGAAUGCUCUCAUGCAUGGUGCUUACCUUAUAACCUCACUGCUUUAUAACAUGGGGAAAUUGUACAUCUUUCGCCAUUAUCCCAAGAUUCAUAUCCCAAGAAAAUGA